GCCGGGCCGGGCGGGGCCGCGCAGGUGGAGCGGCCCCAUGGAGCGGCCGAAGAUGGCGGAGCUGGAGAGCCUGGAGACGGCGGCGGAGCACGAGCGGAUCCUGCGCGAGAUCGAGAGCACCGACACGGCCUGCAUCGGCCCCACGCUCAGGUCUGUGUACGAUGGGGAGGAGCACGGGCGCUUCAUGGAGAAGCUGGAGGCGCGGAUCCGCAACCACGACCGCGAGAUCGAGAAGAUGUGCAACUUCCACUACCAGGGCUUCGUGGACUCCAUCACCGAGCUGCUCAAGGUCCGGGGAGAGGCCCAGAAACUCAAGAACCAAGUGACAGACACCAACCGGAAGCUGCAGAAUGAAGGGAAAGAACUGAUCCUGGCCAUGCAGGAGCUGAGGCAGUGCCGGCUGCAGCAGAGGAACAUCUCAGCCACGGUGGAUAAACUCACCCUGUGUCUCCCCGUGCUGGAGAUGUACAGCAAGCUGCGGGAGCAGAUGAAAUCCAAGAGGCACUACCCGGCCCUGAAGACCCUGGAGCACCUGGAGCACACGUUCCUGCCCCAGGUGAGCCACUACCGCUUCUGCAAGGUGAUGGUGGACAACAUCCCGCGGCUGCGCGAGGAGAUCAAGGAGCUCUCCAUGUCCGACCUCAAGGACUUCCUGGAGAGCAUCCGCAAGCACUCGGACAAGAUCGGAGAGACCGCCAUGAAACAGGAUUGCAGAUUCAAUCAGUGGAAAAUAAUUGCCAGGAUAUUCUUCAGUCUCCUGCUCUCUCCAAAUGUUCAGGCACAGCAGCAGAGGAACCUGGACAACAUCGUGUCCCAGCAGCCCAGGAUUGGCGGGGGGAAGAAAUCCAAGAAGGAAUUCAGCGCCAGCUCCGAGCUGGAGGUGAAGAACACCAGCCCCAUGUCGGAGCAGGAUUCAGGGAUCUUGGAUGUGGAGGAUGAGGAUGAGGAGGAAGAGGUGCCUGGAGCCCAGGAUUUGGUGGAUUUCUCCCCGGUCUAUCGAUGCCUCCACAUCUACUCUGUCCUGGGAGCCCGGGAGACCUUUGAGAGCUACUACAGGAAGCAGAGGAGAAAACAAGCGCGGCUGGUGCUGCAGCCUCCCUCCAACAUGCACGAAACUUUAGAUGGCUACAGGAAGUAUUUCAAUCAAAUUGUAGGGUUUUUUGUGGUGGAGGAUCACAUCCUGCACACCACGCAGGGCCUGGUCAACCGGGCCUACAUUGAUGAGCUGUGGGAGAUGGCCCUGUCCAAAACCAUCGCGGCCCUCAGGACCCACUCCUCCUACUGCUCUGACCCCAGCCUGGUGUUGGACCUGAAGAACCUCAUUGUGCUCUUUGCUGACACGCUCCAGGGCUAUGGCUUCCCCGUGAACCAGCUCUUUGACAUGCUGCUGGAGAUCCAGGACCAGUACAGCGAGACCCUGCUGAAGAAAUGGGCUGGGGUCUUCAGAAAUAUCCUUGACUCAGAUAACUACAGCCCCAUCCCGGUGUCAAAUGAAGAAGUUUAUAGGAAAAUCGUUGGGCAGUUCCCAUUCCAGGAUGCUGAACUUGAAAAGCAACCCUUCCCAAAGAAGUUUCCCUUCUCGGAGUUCGUGCCCAAGGUUUACGGCCAGAUCAAGGAGUUCAUCUAUGCCUGCCUCAAGUUCUCCGAGGACCUGCACCUCAGCUCCACAGAAGUUGAUGACAUGAUCAGAAAAUCCACAAAUCUGCUGCUGACCCGGACCCUGAGCAACUGUUUACAGAAUGUCAUCAAGAGGAAAAACGUUGGACUGACAGAGCUGGUGCAGAUCAUCAUCAACACCACCCACCUGGAGAAAUCCUGCAAGUUCCUGGAGGAGUUCAUCACCAACAUCACCAACGUGCUGCCGGAGACCGUGCACACCACCAAGCUCUACGGGACCACCACCUUCAAGGACGCUCGACACGCUGCUGAGGAGGAGAUCUACACCAACCUGAACCAGAAGAUCGACCAGUUCCUGCAGCUGGCCGACUACGACUGGAUGGCCCCAGAGCCAGGCAGCCGGGCCAGCGAGUACCUGGUGGAUCUGAUCGGCUUCCUGCGCAGCACCUUCGCCGUGUUCACCCACCUCCCGGGGCAGGUGGAUGUCCACUCCACCAUGUCGGGGAAGGUGGCCCAGACAGCCUGCAUGUCGGCCUGCAAGCACCUCUCGACGUCGCUGCUGCAGCUGCUGCUGGAGGCCGAGGUGAGGCAGCUGACGCUGGGGGCCCUGCACCAGUUCAACCUGGACGUGGAGGAGUGCGAACAGUUUGCCAGAUCCGGCCCAGUGCCUGGGUUCCAAGGGGACACGCUGCAGUUGGCCUUCAUCGACUUGAGACAACUCCUGGAUCUGUUCAUCCAGUGGGAUUGGUCGACAUAUCUGGCCGACUACGGACAGCCCACGUGCAAGUACCUUCGUGUGAACCCCACCACAGCCCUCAUCCUGCUGGAAAAGAUGCGGGACACCAGCAGGAAAAACAACGUUUUCGCCCAAUUCCGGAAAAACGAGCGGGACAAGCAGAAGUUGAUCGACACCGUGGCCAAGCAGCUGCGCGGCCUCAUCAACAGCCACCACUCCUGAGGGGCUCGGGAUCUCCUUCCCCGCGGCCUGGACUUCAGGAAUCUCGUUGGGAGAGAAGAUUUGUAUUUUUUUAUUCGCCUGGAAAGUCUCCGCGGAGCCUUCCCCCCCCGACAGCAAAACGCUCCCGGUGGAACAAUCCUGGGAAAAAGAGGUGGUGGCAGGAGUCUACUGGAUAAACUCCUAUUUUCAGGGGUUUAGGAAGUGAUGGGAAUUCUUGGAGCCUGGGAGAAGUUCGCACCUGGACUGGGUUCUUGUUUCUUGUUUUUGUCAAAGCCAAAUUGAAGGGAUCAUCCUGC